CUGGGAACAACAACACUUCACUGUGCAGCCAUGAUAGACAGGAAGGUCAUGGUCUUUGGCGCAGCCUUUGUGCUGCGUCUGCUUCUUAUUUGCCUAUUUCCUUCAUUGCCUGACUUGUUGACGGGAAGAGUUGAGGUCUCGACCCCUGUUAAUAGCUUCAAACGAUUGCAAGAGGGCUUGUUUCUGUACAGUGGAAAUGUGUCGCCAUAUGAUGGGGGCACUUUUCACCAGGCACCGCUCCUAUUACCUCUGUUCGCCCUACUUCCAGAUGCAAAGACCUGGCCUUUACCUACCGCAAUUUUCUACAUUUUGGUCGACCUCGUGAAUGCGCAGGCAUUGGUUACCAUUUCCGAGUCCGGUCAAUCGAUCAAUUCGAGAUUCCAUUCGGCAGUUCGGAAACAUGUCCGGUGGAAUGGAGUAUCUGUUGCAGCAUGGUUUUUGUUUAACCCAUUUACAAUUGCGACAUGUCUGGCACGAUCAACCAGCGUUUUUACCGCCUCGGGGAUUCUCUUCGCAGUUUCAAAUGCAGUCUCGGGCAAUAGUGUCAAUGCUAUGCUAGCCUUGGGAUUCGCUUCCUACCUAUCUAUGUACCCUGCACUCAUGUUUCUUCCGCUGGUUUUGGUCUGCUAUGACCGACGCACACAGAGCCCACAAGCACCUAAGAUCGCUCCCUUCAUCCUGCAGCACGCCGGUCUUCUCCUUGCCAGUGUUGCAGGCCUCCUCGGUCUUUCAUUCUUGAUCACUGGCAACUUCUGGGAAUUUAUCUCGGCUACCUAUGGGUUCCAUCUUUUGGUUCCGGACUUGACUCCCAAUGUCGGUCUAUGGUGGUACUUCUUCAUUGAGAUGUUCGAUUCAUUCCGAGAGUUCUUCCUCGGAGUAUUCUGGCUUCACUUGGCAAGUUAUGUUGGAGGCCUCACGGCUCGUUUCCGACGACAGCCCUUGUUCGUCAUCACCUCUCUUCUUGGUGUCUUUGCCAUUUUCAAACCGUACCCCAGUAUCUCGGAUGCAUCUCUGUUCUUCGCCUUACUGCCGUUGUACCGCCACCUCUUCCCAUUAAUGCGAUAUACCUUCUUCGCAGUCUCAGCAAUGUUAUACUCCUCCCUCCUCGGACCUGCCUUCUACCAUCUAUGGAUCUAUGCAGGAUCCGGAAAUGCCAACUUCUUCUACGCCAUUACUCUAGUCUGGAGUCUUGGUCUCUCAAUCCUACUAGCAGACACCAUCUUCGCCGCCCUCAGAGACGAAUGGGAACAAGACAACCCAGGCAAGCAAGGCACAGAAGUCCGACAGGUGUAG